AUGGACAUCUCUUGUCUCAUGGUUCAUGCUGAACAGAUCGAAGGUGAGAAACUUAAGGGAAAGUAUAUAGAAACAAAGAGGGUUAAGACCGGUGAUGGUAAUUUCUCUCAUGCAAGGUCCGAUGGACAUGUUCGUCCUAGGUUUCAACAAAGGUUUUCCUUUCAAGGUUACUCCAAUGCUCCUCCUAAGGUCUAUAAAGAUAAGGUGUCUAGCCCUAAGCCUGAAGAAGGAAAUGGUAGUGGAUCUUCAUUGCCAAUGUUUUCUUGUAUUAUGUGUGGAAAGAAGCACGAGGGAAAGUGCAUAACCGACACUGAUGGUUGCUUGAGAUUUGGUAAGAGUGGUCUUAAGAUGAGGGAUUUCCCAAUGCUUACGACUAAAGGAAGAGAGGGCAAGCAAGCUCUUUAUAGUGGUUCGAGUUCCAAUGCUCCAAAACAAAACCAAUUAAAUGCACUUCAGACACGUGGUGAACAAGAGGGUUCUCCCGAUGUGGUUACCAGGUAUAUUAUCAAGGCGGCUGUGCAACUCAUCUCCAAUGAAGCAUCCAUCUCGAUCUAUUUGACACAGCCCACCGGGGGUACGGACUUUAUCAAAGAGAUUUAUCGCAAGGAACGAGUAGUUGAUACAGUGAUGCCUCAGGAGAGUCCAUUAGCUGGGGGAUUCAUGGAAGUAGUAGUGUGGUAG